AUGUAUGAACCCGGGCACGGUAAGGGAGCGCCUGACGGUGUCGGUGGAACCCUGAAACGGACAGCUGAUAAAGUCGUGGCAGAAGGCCAUGAUAUCGUAGACCUGAAUUCAUUGAAACCUAUCCUUCAAUCCAGGUGUCCUUCUAUUUUAUUGUUUGACGUUACCACAGCAGAUAUUUCACUGAUGGAUAAUCUCAUAAAACAGUCCAGGACUAUUCCUACUUUCCGGGGAACACAAAAAAUACGCCAGUUCGUAUUUUUUAACAACACCUUACAGUGCAGAAGACUUUCAUGCAUAGAUUGCGAAGAAGAUUGUACCCACUAUCAUUUGGGAUAUUUUCAACAACACCAAAGUAAUCGAUUUACUAAGAGGCGUAACAAAUCUCCGCAAAAGUCAAUGGAAUUGGAUAUAAUGAACGAUAAUCACCAACUGUCUUUAGCGUCGUGUUCACGCAUUCAAGGUCAUACUGGAUUGUUUAAGGAAAAUGAUACAAUUGAUUUAGAAAAUGUGGGAUCUACUGUUGGCUCAGAUAGUGAUAAGAUUGCUACCAUUGGAGAUUAUGUCCUGAUGAAAUGGGGUACGGCAAAGUAUCCCGGGGAAGUUUUAUCUGUUUUUGAAGAUGGUUUAAUGGUUAGGUGCAUGAAGCAAGGUUUGAAGUUUUGGAGAUGGCCUAAUAUUAAAGAUGAGCAAUUAUAUAGCUGGGAAGAUGUGAUUCAGAAAAUAAAGACACCAAAAUUAGUUAAGAGGGGGAAUUACAUUAUUACAGAGUUAGAAAACUCUACAAGUGAUGUGAAGACUGAGUAA